AUGGCGGCUUCUCAAUCAAAUCUUAAGUCCGAGAACCAUCACCAUAUUGUCGCUCUGGAAGCUCACUUCUGUCCGAUUCCCGAAUUUAAACUGCCUUCACCAUACACCUAUACAUUAGAGACAUACCCAAAAACUUUGAAAGACCAGAUUCCCGAAAGAAUACGCGAUGCUUCAAUCGUCAUCACUACGACGAUUCGUCUGGACGCUUCGGUUCUGUCGGCCGAAAUCUCGCCAAAACUACAGCUCAUAGCAGUGAUGGCAACAGGUACAGAUAGUGUUGACCUCAAAUCUUGCAUGAAACGUGGAAUUGUAGUUUGCCGAUGCGCCGGAGCAAAUGUAACUGCAGUCUCUGAACAUGCAAUUGGUAUGUACUUCGCGACAAGGAGGAAGUUUUACCAGACACAAACUGCAACGAGAGGAGGUCAGUGGCCACUGAAAGGGUCCUUGAUUCCCAUUCUCGAAGACAGGAACAAGAAAAUGCCUUUGACAUGCGAAGAGGAGACGAUCGGCCUGAUUGGAUAUGGCAAAAUUGGCCAAAGAAUCGGACGACUUGCAAAGUUGUUAGGCAUGAAAGUGAUUGUGGCAGAGAGAAAGGGCGCAAAGUGUGUUCGUGAAGGCCGCACAGCAUUUGAUGAAGUCCUUCGAGACAGUACGGUUUUGGCGGUGGUCAUACCAAGAAAUCCUGAAACCAUCGGCCUCAUUGGACAGUUCGAGUUGAGUCGCAUGUCCAGUUCUGCAGUGCUUAUCAACGUUUCGCGAGGAGAUAUUGUCGACGAAUCAGCAGUCGUUCAUGCACUUCAGACUCAUCAAAUAGCAGGUGCUGCAUUUGAUGUGUUCUCACAAGAGCCUGCCAACAGCAGCACAAGUCCACUGCUAGCCGCUGAUACAGAAGGACUCAAUGUGUUAACGACUCCUCAUACCGCUUGGCUUGCCAAUGCCACCAUGACAUCUUUACAGCGAAUGGUGCGGGAGGCAGUCGAAGGUUGGUGUGCGGGAAAGCCAGUUCAAGUCGUAGUGUAA